UAGGGGAGCUCCUGGGACGCGCUAUGAAGGGCAGAGCGGGCUCAGGCCUUCCACAGCUCACCCCCCUCCUGGCUCGCGCGUCACGUACCACCCGCAGCCUGGCGCGCGGCCGCCCCACCUCCACGCGAAGCCUCCAGCGAGCGACCUAAACCCGCGGGGCGGAGACAGACAGCGAGCGAGCCGCGCCGGCGCCAUGCGCUUGGCGGAGGGGAGCCGCGGCCAUGGCGGUCCGUGCCGCGCUGCAGCGGAGCGUUGUGUCCCCGGCGGGCAGUCACCGCGCCUCGGUGAUCCUGCUGCACGGCUCAGGUGACACUGGCCCAGGAGUAAGAGCGUGGAUCAAACAAGUUCUGAAUCAGGAUUUGGUUUUCCAGCAUAUAAAAGUAAUUUAUCCAACAGCUCCUGCCAGACCGUAUACACCUAUGAGAGGGGCCCUCUCCACUGUGUGGUUUGACAGAUGGAAGAUCUCUAAUGAGUGUCCAGAACACAUUGAAACCAUUGAUUCAAUGUGUCAGGUGCUUACAAACGUGAUUGAUGAUGAGGUUAAAAAUGGCAUCAGCAAGAAUAGGAUAAUUUUAGGAGGUUUUUCCAUGGGAGGUGGCAUGGCAAUGCAUUUAGCGUACAGGUAUCAUCAAGAUGUGGCUGGAGUCUUUGCUCUUUCUAGCUUUCUCAAUAAGACAUCUGCUGUUUACCAGGUGAGUAAAUGCCAGUCUUUUUUACAAAUACCUUUUGGAGCGCAUACAAAUUCCACCUAAAAAGAUAAACUGAUAAUUAGGCAAAAACAAU